UAAAGCAAAAUUUAAGUCUCAAGGGCUUUCCGCUCUUGUUAAGCGUUGGCUCUGCUCCGGCGUUCCCUCCAAAACCAUGGAAUAUCUAAGCUUGAAAUUCUCCCGAUCUCUCCCUCUGCUAAACCUAAACAAAAUCGUUACAUCUCCUUAUUCUUCUCAAACCCAUUCUUAUAAGCCUCUUACCCAUAAAGCCUUCUUCAAAUUAGACACCAAAGAAGGCCUCAUAAAUUCCUUAUGCAAGGAUAGAAGAUUCAAAGACGCCAUUGACAUUUUGUGCCAAGAAAAGCGCUUUAAAGAAGCGAUACAAGUGCUCAAUCAAUUGGACAAACCUUCUGCUUCUAUUUACUCGACUCUUAUACAAUCUUGCAUCCAAAACCGUGCUCUUGAAGUGGGGAAAACGGUUCAUGAGCACAUUAAACUAUCUGGGUUUGUACCUGGUCUGGUUAUAUCGAACCGGCUUCUUGAAAUGUAUGCCAAAUGUAAUAGUUUAUAUAAUGCUCGGAAGAUGUUCGAUGAAAUGACUGAAAGGGACUUGUGCUCGUGGAAUGUUUUGAUUUCUGGGUACGCCAAAAUGGGGUUACUUGAUGAGGCAAGAAAAAUGUUUGAUAAAAUGCCUGAGAGGGACAAUUUUUCUUGGACGGCAAUGAUUUCUGGGUAUGUGAGGCAUGAUAAGCCAAAUGAGGCUUUAGAAUUGUGUAGAAUGAUGAAGAGACAUGAUAAUUCAAAGUCAAAUAAGUUUACAAUUUCUAGUGCUCUUGCUGCAGCGGCAGCAGUUCCAUGUUUGAGAAUUGGGAAAGAGAUUCAUGGUCAUAUUAUGAGAACCGGGUUGGAUUCGGAUGAGGUGGUGUGGAGCGCUUUAUCUGAUAUGUAUGGUAAAUGUGGGAGCAUAGAGGAAGCAAGGCACAUUUUUGACAAGAUGGUGAAUAGAGAUGUUGUUACUUGGACAGCAAUGAUUGAUAAGUACUUUGAGGGCGGAAGAAGAGAAGAGGGGUUUGAUUUGUUCGCUGAGUUGCUGAGGUCACGGAUUAGGCCUAAUGAAUUUACAUUUGCUGGGGUUUUAAAUGCGUGUGCUGAUCUUAGUGAAGAGGAGGUUGGUAAGCAGGUUCAUGGGCACAUGACUAGAAUUGGUUUUGACCCAUUCUCAUUUGCAGGAAGUGCUCUUGUUCACAUGUAUUCUAAGUGUGGGAAUAUGGUAAAUGCAGAAAGGGUGUUUAGAGGGAUGCCCAGGCCAGAUUUGGUUUCAUGGACUUCCUUAAUUGCUGGUUAUGCUCAGAAUGGUCAUCCUAAUGAGGCCCUAAAUUAUUUUGAGUUGCUACUAAAGUCCGGGACACAGCCUGAUCACAUAACUUUUGUUGGUGUUCUUUCUGCAUGUGCUCAUGCUGGAUUAGUUGAUGAAGGGCUUCAGUAUUUUCACUCUAUAAAUAAGGAACAUGGCUUAACUCAUACUGCUGAUCAUUAUGCUUGUAUAAUUGAUUUAUUGGCCCGAUCUGGUCGUUUUGAAGAAGCUGAAAAUAUUAUUGAUAAAAUGCCCAUGCAGCCUGAUAAGUUUCUGUGGGCAUCUUUGUUAGGUGGUUGUAGAAUUCACAAAAAUCUUAAACUGGCAAAAAGGGCAGCAGAAGCGUUAUUUGAGAUAGAGCCUGAGAAUCCUGCUACUUAUGUUACAAUGGCUAACAUAUAUGCCACUGCCGGUAUGUGGAGUGAAGUAGCAAAGAUCAGAAAAACUAUGGAUGACCGAGGAGUGGUAAAGAAACCAGGUUUGAGCUGGAUUGAGAUUAAGAGAAAGGUACAUGUCUUCUUAGUGGGAGAUCCUUCCCACCCAAGAUCCACUGAAAUACAUCAGUUUUUGGGGGAGCUUUCUAAAAGGAUGAAGGAAGAAGGGUUUGUUCCUGACACGAAUUUUGUGCUGCAUGAUGUGGAGGAGGAACAGAAAGAGGAAAAUCUCUCUUACCACAGUGAGAAGCUUGCAGUGGCUUUUGGAAUUAUUGCUACUCCACAAGGAACACCGAUAAAAGUUUUUAAGAAUUUAAGAACUUGUGUAGACUGCCACACCGCAAUUAAGUUUAUCUCAAAGAUUGCUAGCCGAAAAAUAAUUGUGAGGGAUUCAAAUAGAUUCCAUUGUUUAGAAGAUGGAAAUUGUUCUUGUGGAGAUUUCUGGUGAUUCAAACCCCUUGAAGUCCAUCAAGCAUUUUUGGAAGACAGAGAAGAUCAUGUGGGGAACAUCUUUAGGCUGCAGCAAUUGUCUGGCAGAACAUUAUUUGACCUCAGUUUGAAGUAAAUCGGUGGAUAAGUUAAGAGGGUGAAAAGGGGUCUUUGACGUUGGCAUCUCUGUUUAUUUUGCAUCAGCGAGUCUAUAAAAGAAUGCCCUGCUUUAAGAGUUUGUAACUGAUCAAGAAGACUAGCCUCUCCAAGUAAGCCAUUAAAGAUGAGGAACACUUCUUUUCUUUACAGAUAUUUGGAUGUUUCAAUUCUAAUAAAACAGAAACUUUGAGGAAGAUUUCCUUGCUUUUUGCUAACAUAUGAAAGUGUUACAUUUCUCA